GUUAUCAAUUCUCUUGAGAAGUGAAUUCUAACGAAAGAAAAAAACACAAAAUGCAAAACCAAUGUCCCACCCUUGGUCCCAAAUGUGACAUCUGUGAUUGCUCAGGCAGUGGAUGCCAAUCUCAAUUCCCAGGAAUGAAGGUGGAGUGGCCAGAGCUAAAAGGAGUGAGUGGACUUCAAGCAAAGGCAACAAUAGAAAGUGACAAUCCACGUGUGACUGCUUUCAUUUACCCUCAAGGUGUUUAUCUACCAUCCAUCAAUUGUUGCAACCGUGUCAUUCUCUUUGUUCCAGCUGAAGAUUGUCCCAAUGGUCCUGUUCAAAAUCGUCCAAUCGUCGGAUGAUCCACUAUGUUGUUGUUCUUCUUUUUCAUCAUCUUGAGCUUCAAUAUUUUUCUUAACUACGAAUGUUAUACUUUUUCAACUGUUAUCAACUUUUCAACA